AGGGGGUGGAGGAUGGUGUGGUUCCACCGAGGUUAGUCCGUUAAACCGAGCUUUGGAGCGGACAGACAUUUUCAUCCGGUUUACUCUCACACUCACAGCUGAGCAACAAGGUAAAGACAAGAGGAAGAAGGUCCAGCAGAAGUGAAGUUCAGCAAUCAUAAUGGCAGACGAAGCGGACAUGCGCAAUGAGCUGGCCGACCUGCAGACACGUGCAGACCAGAUCACCGAUGAGUCCCUGGAGAGUACUCGGCGUAUGCUGGCUCUGGUCGAGGAGAGUAAAGAUGCCGGCAUCAGGACUCUGGUCAUGUUGGACGAGCAGGGAGAACAACUGGAGCGCAUCGAGGAGGGGAUGGACCAAAUCAAUAAGGACAUGAUGGAUGCAGAAAAGAAUUUGAACAAUCUAGGACAGUUCUGUGGUCUAUGUUCAUGUCCCUGUAACAAGAUAAAGGGCAGUGGUCAGGCCUGGGGAUCGAACCAGGACGGAGUGGUGAACAGCCAGCCGGGGGCUCGUGUGGUAGACGAACGUGAACAGAUGGCCAUCAGUGGGGGCUUCAUUCGCAGGGUAACGGAUGACGCCCGGGAGAACGAGAUGGAUGAAAACCUGGAACAAGUGGGCGGGAUCAUUGGCAACCUGCGUCACAUGGCCUUAGAUAUGGGCCAGGAGAUAGACACCCAGAACCGCCAGAUAGAAAGGAUCAUGGACAAGGCUGACUCCAACAAGACUCGGAUUGAUGAGGCCAACCAACGUGCUACAAAGAUGCUGGGCAGUGGCUAAACGGCAGCUCAAAGUGCUCUCAUCCCCAUUAAACCCCAGUGACACCAACCAAACCACAGGCCCUGCCCCCGACACCGAAUGCCGACAGCGGGCGCUGCAAAGUCAUGCUUUUUAUUGUGAUACUGGUAGAAGUUUGCACACAUGCACAUAUCAAACAUGGCUUCCCUUCCCUGCCCCUCGCCGCCACCUCCCGUCUGACUCCUCAACCUCGCCGUCAGUGUUGCUCUGUGAUUUCACUUCUAUGGUUUUGCUAAUGAAUAGUUCAGUUUAGCAUCUUCCACUCCAGUCUUAUCCUCACUGUAAAUAGUCCAUCCUUAAUGGCUUCUGUGACUUAGAUCACUCAUCACCUUCUUUUGAUUUUUUUUUUUAACUCUUUGUGUAAAAUAAACUGUAUGUAAUCCCCCCAUCCCCCACCCCCGAUCUCAGUAUUCUGUGUAUUUAUUGGAUAGGAUGUAUGAAGCUACAUGCUAAGGUUGUACAAAUAGUAAAUGCUGAGCACUAUAUACAUUAAUGUAGACGUUAACCUGCUCAAAGCUUACUAGUUGCAUCAUAGAAAAUCAAUACUGCCUGAAAUAUGACUUUUUUUUCUGGUCAGGACCAAUAUACCAGUAAAUUACCCACAUUGUUAUUGGAACAGUAUUAUAGGGAUAUCAAGCCACAGAUUUUACAGUCUAAAUGUUUUUCCUCAGGGAGCCGAGCCUCACCACACAAACGCAAAGUUUUAAUCAUCUAUUAAUGUUUUAGGAUGUCAGAAAAAAAUCCAUAUUUGUAUUAUAAGGUUGUGUUUAUAUAAAAAGGUUUAAUCUGAGUGAGUAUUAAGGAAUCAUAAAAACCGGCGACCGAAUCAAAGUCUCCUCUGAACGUUGUUUUUCCUCAUGGCACCAAAUGAUUUGUUUAACCAGGUGAAUCUAUCCCAGCUGCGUUCGCUACAGAGAAGGAAUUUCUACUGUUUGCAAUAGUGCCGCUCUGUUUUGUCUCCUAACCUUUCCAGACUGUGAUCAUCACUGUAAAAUAAUAUGUACCUUGUUAAAUGCCAAUAAAACCAUCUAAAC